UUUUCCCAAUAGAUACCGGGGAUUUUCAAGGGCCUCUGCCCCGGGUCCCAAGGUCUAACGAGUGGAGAUACAAGUUUAUAUUUGAGCCGGUAUGCAUAUUUUGAGUCUGUGUUCAUUAGAGAAAUUCUACACAAAAAUCAAACUUUUGCAUAACAUUCUUGUUUUUAAAAAUCAUUGAAAUUGUAUAUAAUUCCAUCCUAAAACAGACAUUAUGCUCAAAUGCGUAAUUUAACCAGACUCAUGCUCAUGAUUAGUGGAUGUAAACUUGUUGUCAGGAUUCAAUGGAUUAAUUAUUCAUUAUUAACUCUAGCAUGUUCUGUGUCAUCAGGUAGUCUGCUUUGGAGUAGGUGUGGGCGCGGCUGGGUGAGAUCGCAUCCUGGCCUGUUCCCUCCAUCCUCCCGGCGAGGCAUCGUGCGUUGUGACGCCAGUCCGUUUGACGAGUGCGUGUAGUUGCGUGGGUGUUGGACACCUUGCAGCAUCCUCGUUAUGUAACGCCUGAGAUGCUGCCAGGCGGAUCGGAUUAGCUGGAUGAAACCUGACGGAUGGCCGAGGGGGCGAUAAACAGCAGAGUGCGUUCAUCUCAGAGGCAGCUGCUGGAAGGAACGGGUCGACUGUAAAUUCUUUGAUUUUUGGUCCGGGCAUCAGUGGCCUUCUGAAGGGCGCAGCCUCCUGGAUCCUACGAAAGCAGCUCAGCAGUUUAUUUUUUUUUUUUUAAUAAACAGCCGACCAGAGGCGCGUCCCUGUCUAAGUCGGUCUCUUAUACCUUUGGAGGAAAACCAAUGCGGGUUUGUCUCGGAGAGGACACGGGGUGGUAUUUUUAUUUGUAUUGCACUCAUCUUAUCCAGCAGCCCCUGCGCUGCAGAAGAAAUAAUGGCGGGUCCCGAGCAGUCCCAGCAACAACAGCAGCAGCAGAAGGUGGAGAAGGCAGAGCCCAUAGAUGAUGCAGAGAUGGCUCUGCAAGGGAUCAACAUGCUGCUCAACAACGGAUUCAAAGAGAGCGACGAGCUUUUCAAGAGAUACAGGACACACAGCCCUUUGAUGAGCUUUGGAGCAAGCUUUGUCAGUUUUCUGAAUGCCAUGAUGACAUUCGAGGAGGAAAAAAUGCAGAUGGCCUGUGAUGACCUGAAAACCACUGAGAAACUCUGUGAGAAUGACAGUGCUGGAGUGUUAGAGACAAUCCGAAACAAGAUCAAAAAGAGUAUGGACUCCCAAAUGUCAGGAGUUGCUGUUGUGGACCGCCUACAGAGACAAAUUAUUGUUGCUGACUGCCAAGUGUAUCUAGCUGUUCUCUCAUUUGUCAAACAGGAACUCUCAGCAUAUAUAAAAGGAGGCUGGAUUCUCCGUAAGGCAUGGAAGAUGUACAAUAAAUGCCACAGUGACAUCAGUCAGCUGCAGGAGACCUGUCAGCGGAGGCCCUCUGGCAACCACGAGUCCCUCUCAGCUGACAACGCCAACCACAAUGUGGAGAACGGUGUGACGGCUGAAGCCCUAGACCGGCUCAAGGGCUCCGUCAGCUUCGGCUAUGGCCUCUUUCACCUGUGCAUCUCUAUGGUGCCGCCACACCUGCUCAAGAUUAUCAACCUGCUGGGUUUCCCUGGUGAUCGUCUCCAGGGCCUGUCCUCUCUUAUGUAUGCGAGUGAGAGUAAGGACAUGAAGGCACCGCUAGCUACGUUGGCCCUCUUGUGGUACCACACUGUGGUGCUGCCCUUCUUUGCCCUGGAGGGUUCUGAUACACAUGCAGGGCUGCUGGAGGCCAAAGCUAUCCUGCAGAGAAAGUCGGUGGUUUACCCCAACUCAUCCCUCUUCAUGUUCUUUAAAGGACGAGUUCAAAGACUGGAGUGCCAUAUCAACAGUGCUUUGGCCUGUUUCCAUGAUGCAUUAGAACUUGCAUCAGACCAAAGAGAGAUCCAGCAUGUGUGUCUCUAUGAGAUUGGUUGGUGUAGCAUGAUAGAGCUGAAUUUUGAAGAUGCCUUCAGAGCGUUUGAGAGAUUGAAGAAUGAGUCCCGCUGGUCACAGUGCUACUAUGCCUACUUGACUGGUGUGUGCCAGGGUGCUUCAGGGGACUUGGAUGGUGCCAACGGAGUUAUCAAAGAUGUCCAGAAGCUGUUCAAGAGAAAAAACAACCAGAUAGAGCAGUUUGCUGUCAAAAGGGCUGAUAGACUGAGAAAGGUCUCGCCCACCAAAGAGCUAUGCAUCCUCGGGGUAAUUGAAGUGCUCUAUCUGUGGAAAGCCCUUCCCAACUGCUCCCCGUCUAAACUGCAGAUAAUGAAUCAGGUGUUGCAGAGUUUAGAUGAGCCUUCAUGCAGAGGUCUGAAACAUCUCCUCCUCGGUUCCAUCCUUAAAUGCCAAGGAAACAUCAGAGAUGCUGUUCAGUCAUUCCAGCUGGCUGUUAGGGACGAGUAUGGACGGCAGAUCAACUCCUACAUUCAGCCGUACGCCGUCUAUGAGCUUGGAUGUAUACUCCUUGCAAAAGCAGAGACAGUGGCAAAGGGGAGAUCAUUCCUACUUCAAGCCAAGGAGGAUUUCACAGGCUACGACUUUGAAAACCGGCUUCAUGUCCGCAUCCAUUCAGCGCUGGCCUCUUUGAAGGAGGUGGUGCCUCAGUGACUCCAAGAGGGAAAACUUUAACGACACAAGGAUCACACAAAGUCUUAGGCCCGUCACUGGUGAUAGCACUCCCCUGUGUUUUUCAUUUCAAAUGAACUGAAGACACAAUUGGCAAACUGUUGUCACAUUAGAUAGUCUGAAUAUAAAGUGCCAUCUCUGUGCAUUUUGUAAAGCAGCAGAUAGAUGUGCUCGUACUUGCACCCAGGUAGAUAUAGCUCACGUGAAAUCUCCAAAGUUUUAUUGGUGCAGAGAUGUGUCUUGUCCUCCAGCAAUCCAUCCACCAACAACUUGCAGGGUGCAAGUGUGGAAUGCCUCUGAUGCUACAGAAGUGGUUAUUAUGGGAAGUUUGAUGUAAUUAAUGAAAGUGUUUAAACAGGGCAACCUAACUGCAUAAAGAAGGAGUUGUUACAGAACAGUUUAGAAGAGCUGUGCUAGCUACCUCCCCCCACCUCCAGUUCUUUUUGCUUAGCCUGUCUAGCGCUUCCCAGACCUGUUUCUGGACUGAAUGCACAGAGAUCAAUCUGAUACAGAAUUUCAUCAAAUUCACUGAUGUUAAUUUAAGUGUUUCUCUCACCGUUAUGUAUUUGCUGUCUGGUAACAUUUCUACUCAUUAACUUGUGAGUUCAAAGGACUAAAAUUCUGCUUCUACCUUAAUUAAACAGAUUAGCACAUAAUUAGUUAUUAUGGAUACAUUUUCGUUAUUUUUAACUUUACAGAAAACUCUCUUUCAGAUUUACAGCGCCUUGCUUUUCAAAUUUUGUAAUGUUGCAACCAUAAACCUAAAUGUAAUUUAUUGGGAUUUUAUGAGUCAGGCCAACACAAAGUAGCGCACAAUUCUAAAGUGGAAAAAAAUCGGGCACAUGGUUUUAAAACCUUUACAAAUACAAUCAGAAAAGUGUGGCAUGUAUUUAUGAUGAGGCCCCCUAAAUCAAUACUUUGUAGAACCACCUUUUGCAGCAGCUAUUUUGUGAUGUGUCCAGUUUUACACACACAGAGACUGAAAGGUUCCCUGUUCUUCUCUGGAAAAUAGCUCAAGCUCAAUGAGACUGGAUGAAGGAGAUCUUUGGACAUCCGGUUUCAAGAUUUCUACCGAUUCUUAAUCAGAUUUGGGUCUGGAUUUCGACUGGACCUGUCUGACACAUAAAUAUGCUUGGAUUUGAACCAUUAAAUUGUAGCUCUGGCUCUGUUUUAGUUGUUCUCCUGGAAGGUGAACCUCACUACCAGUCUGAAGUGAUGCACAGCUUCAAACAGGUUUCCUUUCAACUCUGACCAGUUUCCUAAUUCCUGAAGAAAAGGAGUCCCACAUGAUGAUACUGCCACCACCAUGUUUUACAGUGUGCUC